AUGCACCUGCGACCGACGUUGGCAAUCGACAAGCUGCUCGAGGCACCACACACGCAAAUUCGUGAGGUCAUCCAGCGCUGCCUGCUCCACUGUCAUGCGGCCUGUCGUUUCCUCCGCCACCACUGCAAAAAACGCACGUGUCAGCUCCGCGUGACGCCGCUCCGACGAGCGGAGGAACUCUUCCUCAAAGCGUACCUGCAGCGCAGUACGGAAGUCACUGCAGAUGCGCGACCACCCUUCGCGCUGCAGGUCGUCAAUAAAGCCGCGGCGCCACUCCUCUGUCUCGACGAGCUCUCUCAACUCAGUGGAAACGUACGCAUGGUACUCUGUCACCGCCUGCGCCGCACGAUGGGCAGAGUGCCGCUGCAGGAGUGA